AUGGCGGUGACAGACGACGUCCAGAAGGCGCGGAAGCGUAUUCACGACAAGUACAAGGCUGCCAAUACAGAGAAGAUUGCGGUCAAGGGCAAGAUCUACUGCGCUGCCAACGCAGAAAAAGUGCGGGCCCAACAUAAGAAGUACCGCGCAGCCAACACAGAGAAGCUUGCGGUCCAGAAGAAGGCCUACUACGAGAAGAACCACAAGCAAGUGCUGGCGAAGAAGAAGCAAUAUUACCAGAAGCACAAGGACGUCCGCCAGGCCAAGUCCAAGUCGUGGCACUUGGCGAAUCGGGCGUUCAGAAACGCAUACGACCGAGCUUGUCGGGCGCGAAAGAAGGCGAUUGCAGCCGGCAAGAUUCCCCCGCCGCUGCCCAAGCUCGCCGACUUUCGAGCGCAACACGAAGCCUCUGGCAGCGUCGCUCCUGCAACAAGCUCGCACCCCUUGGCCGCGACCACCAAGAAGGUUGUCGUGGUCACCUUCACCAACGAGCAUCCUUUCAACAUGCGCAAGCGUGGACCCGAGCCGUGCUGCGACGAGUGUGCGCUCUUCCAACCAAAUGCGCUCACGUCGGCCAGCAACACGGUGCUCUUGGCGGGCACGUACCAGUGUACGUUUUGCCGCGACUGGACGUACUACAAACUCCACCGCAAGCACAAGCGCACCCGCGCCGACGCCCGCCUUGACGCUCUCUCCGCCCUGUGUUGA